GAUUAAAUUGUACACACCUAUGCUGAUGAACACUGCAAGGCCACGCCCAUUUUUUACUUUUUACUUCCACAGUAUGAACAGCCGCCCUAUUGCCGGGAUAGUGUGAUGGACAAAGAUCCAUCUCGCUGUUUGGUAACCCGAGAGAAACGUGGCGCUUUUGCUUGACGCGCGUGCAAAGAUUGAGGAGGCUCUAUCCCCCUGAGUCCCCUACGCUAGACGCCAGUGAAUGUACCACACAAUGUUACAGACUAGUUACGCAAACGUAAACGUGAAGUUAGUUAGAAUUCAGACUCAAAGUCGAAUUAUUUAUUCGCAUUGCUGAGAAAAUCUAUACGAGACCUCAAGUAAGAGUCAAUACAACUAACAAGGUAAACAACACGCAAUUUGACUGUACUAACAAUUUGCGUGGAUACUGUGACUCCAUGCAGGAUUCGAUGAUUACACAGCGAAACGUAACAAAUAUCGCUGACCUACAGUAGCUGCUGCGCUAGCCUUACAGAUUACAUCAUGUCUCGUGACCACAAUCUACAUCCUAUAAUAAUCGCAAUCAAACAGACAGGAGGUUGAAGAAUGACAAUCAGUGUGUCGUAUAUUCUACUGGUACCAUCACUAAUUUUCUUCCUGUCUGUAGUAACUAGCAUUACACCAGACGUAGAGGAUGGAGUUGGGGGCCGUCUAUCCUGGAUACAAUGUAGUUGGACGGGGAGAUACCAUGGAGACUCGGGAGAAAUACAUACUUGCGAUUUCACAAUAGAACAUUCUGGCAACUCUCUUCAUGUCGUCUACGCAGGCGUCAACAGAGUCUAUUGUAACGGUUACCACCAAUGUUGUUCCAGAUGGUACUUUACCUUCGAUCGUAAGGAAUGUGAUAAUCCCGGACCUAUUGACCUGGUGGUUUUCAAGCGGUACACAGACGACAGUCCCUACAGGACCAGACAAGCGGAAGGAUAUUGUUACAACAUGACUCGUGGAGAAGUAACCGUGGCGCUUCAUGUAGGCCCAUGCGUACCCUGGAGCAAUAGACUUGAUAAUGCGAACACAGGAUGGUUUGAAGAAUCACCGUCUCGUAUUCUUAUCAGAGAAGUGCACCCGUAUCAAAAGUAGAUUGCGCAUGUCUUGACGUCAUCGCACUCAUUGAAUGGCUGUUUGUUCUAUUCUAUACCCUUGCGUGUUUCUUGUUGCUGAGAACUAAUACUAUGAGUUCAGCACAAACAUUUCAAUAACAAUUUAGCGGAACUGUAUUGGUAAACUCAUUUGAGAUUGCUGAGCAUGCGCCGAGCCUACAAGGUGUAUUGUAAUAAUCAAUAUC